GGUGUUGUCAUCGUGACAUGAGAAAUUUGUCAUCCGUGAUAUAAAGUCGUAAUGUUAUGAAUGAAGUGAGUGCUUUACCUUGUAAUAUAAUCCAGAACGGUGCUGAUGAGGUAAUAAAACAAGUAUCCUAAUCCGAAACUUCGAACAUUGCCAUAGAGGAUAAAUAUUGUUUCAUAGCCGCGGUGCGGUCCCAUGACAGGAGCGGGGGGAGAACCGUUGCCUAUGCAGUCUUCCAUUUCCCCCGCAAUGACAGAGUCCGACUUACCACAACCUCUGGUGGUCAGAAGUCCAUCCGUGUCUAUGAUGAAGUGGCCCAGUCAGCCAUCACCGACGAAAGCGACCCCCUCAAGACAGGUCAGUUUCAAUUAUGGAAACGAAAGAAACGAUGCCGAUACUGCAAGACCUCUAACAGGUUUGGACCAGGACUGCUUCAUCAUUCCAAAUAAUUGUUUGGAUAGAUUUUACCCAGACGGAGUUCCAAUGCCAGUAGGUAUAAACAUUCAAACUGAUCUACCACUACGUGUGUUUGUUAUAUUUAGUGGUAAUUCCCUGGAGAAAAAUGGAAAUCUACACGUAAUGGAGGUACCUGACCCAAAACUAUGCAUCUUAUGUCAUUUGAUGAGUCCUCUAGAACCCAUAGAUCCUAUAUUAGAAUCUCCACUGGUGCAGCCCCUAUUCAAACAGAGGAUAUCAGCAGGAGAACUGGUUAAUGAAGUUGCCCAAGCUAAAACUGCUGUAACGGGGAUGUUACUUGCUAAUAUGGAAAGGAACGAUAUACAGCAGCUCAUACAUUGGACCUCUAUACUGAAGUUGCCACAAUAUGCAGGCCGCCGAUACACGAAACUGGAACAUCUUUUACGAAAACACACACUCCAACAACGGGUUACAUGGUGUCAGUAUACAAAGUGUUCGAGGGAGACGAUCGAGAAAAGUUGGAGAAGAAUUGGUUGUAUUGGACAGGUGCGAGAAUGAUUUAUCUAUAUUUGCCUCGGGCAGCUGGCUUGAGAAGAAUAUCUCUUCAUAAAUCUCUUAGUCCAAAAGGAGAUAAAAUGUAUAUUUUACUAUGUGAAUGUGCAAAUUUAUUGACAGACGUGACAGUGUGUGCUUUAAUUUUACCGGCGUUAAGAGCGAGAUUGACGGGUUAUACAGGUAUUUUCAGGCCUCUACAAACAUUUUGAACUGUGAACAAAUUUUGUGAACGGAACUGAAGUCCGAGCUGCAAUAAAUCUACUUUGGUGGAUAAUAUAACCUUUCAAAACUUGAAAAUUCGAUUGUAUUCAGGUUAUGGUGAUAAAAACAUUUGAGAGAUUCUUCUUUUUAGAUUAUGUCUAGCAAAUAUAAUUUGAAGGUUAUGUCUUGAAUUUAUAAAUAAAACAUCCUUCAGUAACAUGGCCAACAUAAGGAAUUACUGAGAUUUUCGAUGAAAUGAGCGGGAGUGGAACAACAUUGAGUGAAAAAGUAUGAAAACAGUUGUCUUUUGAAACAGUCGUUCCUAUUUUUAACAAUGUAUAUUUUUAUAUUAUUGCAGAAAAUAAUGAAAUAUUGAGUGUAGCAAACUGAGUGUAAUAAAU